AGCUUGAGCUAUUGGCUCACAAGCUCUGCAGUCAGGCACGGCCGUCGGCCCUCGCGACCGCCCGCUGAGCUCGCGCCGCUCACCGCAGCCGCCCUCCAGAGCCAUGGCCCGCUCCUCCUCACUGUUGAUCUCCUGUGCUGUCGCGGUCGCCGCCGUUGUGUCGGUAGCCUCUCUGGGGCGAAGCUUCGUGGGGACGCCGGCGACGGUGGGCCUGCGUGCUGGUCAGCGCGAUCCCAGCGUGGAGAUGCAGUUCUUCGGCGGGUCGCCAUCGCCACCGCCGUCGCGCCCAUCGUCGUCGGUGGGAGGGGACUGGCGCGCCAAGGCCCAGGCUGACCUCUACUCGCAGAGCGGGGUGUACGUGGUAUCGGCCUCCAUCCUCUUUCUCUGCCUCUGCGUGCUGAGCGGCAACACCGGGCCAGGGUACUUCGGCGGCUUCUUCGACUACAAGCUUUAGACGGCUGCCAGUGCCUGGGGCGCUGCCGCCACGGCUGCAUCGUUGGCCAGCCGGCCGAACUCCCAGGAGCCGUCCAAGCUGCUUCGGCGGCUACCAGCGGCGCUUCAACAUUGAUUGAGGGGCGGGGUGCAAGGGCACGAGAGGCCAAGAUUUUCGGUUUGACCAGAGUGAGUGAUCGGCAUUCAUGAGGCUCCUCCUCUUUGCACACGCCCUCGUUCUCGUCUUC